GGGCGGGGCGGCGGGGCCGAGCGGGAUGGCGGCGGCGGCCGAGCCGGAGGAGCCGGCGGCGGGCGGCGAGGAGGAGGCGACGGCGGCGGCGGCUGAGGAGGAGCUGGAGCUGUCUGCCGAGCUGCGAUCGCGGCGCAGCGCCGAGGCUCGGCGGCUGGUGCUGUCCCCGCGGCGGCUGUCGGGCCCGCUGCCCGCCGGGCUGUCGCAGUGGUUCCCGGCGCUGGAGCUGCUGGACGUGAGCGGCACGGGGCUGGCGGAGCUGGGCGCGGGGCUGCUGGCGCUGCCGCGGCUCCACACGCUGCUGGCCAAGAACAACCGGCUGGGCGGGCCCGGCUCGCUGCCCAAGGGGCUGGGGCAGGCGCCGCUGGGGCGCUCCCUGCGCGUCCUCAACCUCAGCGGCAACCGCUUCGCCGAGCUGCCGCCCGCCCUGCUGGGGCUGCGCGGGCUGCAGAGCCUCAGCCUGGGCGGCAACCGCCUGCACGGCAUCCCGCCCGACAUACAGGAGCUGCGCAGUUUAGAGUUUCUGUACCUUGGAGGGAAUUUCAUUACUUCAAUUCCACCUGAAUUAGCAAACCUGCCUUCUCUAAGUUAUCUUGUUCUGUGUGACAACAAGAUCCAGAGCAUUCCACCUCAGCUGGCACAGCUGCAUUCCCUGCGUUCUCUUAGCCUGCACAAUAACCUCCUGACUUACCUCCCUCGAGAGAUCCUUAACCUGGUGCACCUGGAGGAGCUGAGCUUGCGUGGGAACCCGCUGGUCGUUCGGUUUGUGCGUGACCUGACCUACAAUCCCCCGAGCCUUCAGGAGCUGGCUGGACGCACGAUUAAAACCCGCAACGUUCCCUACGCUCCCAGCGAUCUCCCGGAGAAUCUUGUCCGGUAUCUGAGCUUGGCCAGCAACUGCCCCAACCCCAAAUGUGGCGGUGUCUACUUUGACAGCUGCGUCAGACAGAUCAAGUUUGUUGACUUCUGUGGGAAGUACCGCAUCCCGCUGAUGCACUACCUGUGCUCCCCCGAGUGCUCCUCGCCCUGCAGCUCGGCCUCCCAGAGCUCCACUUCCCAGAGCGAGUCUGACUCUGAGGAUGAAGCCAGUGUGGCUGCGCGCAGGAUGCAGAAAGUCCUUCUGGGAUAACAGGGAACGAAGCGGGAAGACUGGAAGGAAAACGUGUUUGAAAAGCAAUAAUGGAAUGGCGAAGCGUGAGUCUCUGGCCUGAAGGGGCUCACGAGAAACUGUCCUCAAGUCCUUGUAGGGGACAGAACACCUUAGCAAGCCUCCGCUUGCUUGGUGCAGUGCUACUUAGAACUAACUCGGUGGCGUGCUGCCUGUAGGGUGCCUGGGGUUGCUAGAAACGUCUGCUGUCUGGGGAACUCCCCUCGUGCAGGCUGGGGAGGGGGAUUUGUUCUGACUGGCAGAUUGAGAAGCGUUUAGUACACGACACUUCACUGGACUUCAGUCAUCCUGCAGUGCAGAGAAGGCUGUCCAGAUCUCUUAACACUGUGGUAGAUCAGAAACAGGCUAAUCAUGCCAUGUGAGUAUGCGUGGACCCCAACGUUCUGUAUCACAUUUUGAUUCUUUGUUGUCUCCUUUGAUUUCAGUUACAGACUUUGCACCCAUCCACCAAAAAUGGGACUUGCUUCUCUGUUGUUGAGGAGAAGAUUAGCUCAACUCUGGUCACUGUUCCUUUGCCUAGAGGCAUAGGGUCUCUGUGCUUUUGCAGACGUUACAGACAUAGAACUGAGCCACCCUUUUUCCUCCCUUGUUACACUAAGCUGCCCUUCAUGUUUCCUUCUAACUGCAUUCCUUGUUUCCUUCCCUCUGCCUCUUCCCAUUACACCUGGAGUGUUGCUGUCUUUUUGGUGCCUUCAGAAGACAGAUGAGUUCUUCUCUUGAGACCUGGUGUUAGUUCGGACCUGUGGCCGUAUGUGCCUCUGCGUGGGACCACAUGUGAUGCUCCGUAGCAUGUUCUUGAGUCUCAGCUUGCUUGAGCAAAUCUGCUUUUAUAUCUGAAUUGCAGGAAAGGUCUUGAUUGGCAUUUUCUGUUCUUAAACAGCUACAUCCCCCUGCUGAAGGUAGCUGUGCUCUGCUUGGUACUGGGUUACUUUCUGUCCUUAAAGUCGUCUGUUUAAGGCAGACAGAAGCUUAGUGAACUGGAAGUACCGACAGACGUGCUGUGGAGAAUGCUUUUUGUUUCUUUUUUCAUACUUAUAACAUGAGAGGAAAAGCCAGUAGGAAGAAUACAAGGCAUGUUGUCUGAGCAUCUUGCUGGAGGUGGUUUUGAAGCCUCUUCCUUAUUUAUUUGUUUGCAUUUGCUCUUGUUAUAAUAAAUCUGGCAGUCUGUUGGAUUGUUCACGUAACACGUUAUCGUAGACCAUGUCUAUAGGAAAGCUGCAGGAAAUUGUUCAGAAUUAAGUACAAAGAAACACCUAUUAAAAAUAUAACUGCAAUUGACAGGUACUUGUAGAUUACCUAUGGGGCUGUUGUGUCUUCUGCUCAUUGAGAGCUGCCCCUUUAUUACUAUUUCACAGCAGGCAGUCCUUUUGUUGCAGUUUCAGUACAGCAAAUCCAACUAUGCCUUUGAAUGCAUGAGCAGAGCAAAUAUUUUGUGUUAAGAAACUAAAUGAACAAGCACAACUUUACGUAACCCGCUUUGGUCCUAAGGGGGAAACUGAAAACCUGUGCUCCUCUCUUGCAUUUGGAAGACACGUGCCUCUUCAGAUAUCUUAUGGCAGCUCUGUGUUAAUGGUCCUGUUUAAUUAUGCUUGACACUUUAUUAAAGCACUUUGAUAAUUCUAAUCCUCGUAACUAGCUUUAGUGAUAUAUAUUUUUUUUUAAUUAAUUAUUAUUAAGCUAGAAUUUUUCUUUUAGUGUGACCUGAAGAGCAACGUCUGUGAAACUUUGUACAUUCCGGUCUGACUCGGUGUGCAGGUUUAACUUCUCGCCCUGCAUUUCCUUGGCAGUGCUGUUCAUUUCCCGGGGUUCCUUUGCAGAGAACUAGAAUUUGAAGGAAAUUAUCUGCUUGUAAAAUAGCACCUCUUCAGUCAGUAAUUAUUGCAGCUUACUCUAAUGAUUCCCGCAACACACACAUGCAGAAGAAAUUAAAUGACACAUGCUCUGUGCCUUUCCAAAUCACUCUUCACAGUGUAUUUUAAGACACAGAAAGGUAUAAGCACAAAGCAACUGGAUAUCACUUUAGCAGAUUCUGUGAGGUUUGCUUGGAAAGAAGAACCUACAGUUUUUGAGAGAAACUGACUGCAUGCUGUUAGUUAAAUGGGGAUCAGUGAGUGCUGUAUGAUUUUUUUCUUCAUCUCUUCUUCCAGAUGCUUCUUCCUGACUUGAGUGAACUUGGCGUACAAAAGCUAAAGGACAGUAAACUGAUUGCAGAGCCACACCUUUAAAUUCACUGCUAGUUUAACAGUAGUGAGCAACUACUGCGUGAUCUGGAGCUUGUCUCUUUUGCCAGUGAAAGUGAACCACACGAGUUGAGAUCUCAACAUCUUCUGAGCUCAGGGCCAUGACGUACUGCCUGCCUCCCUUGAGCAGGAGCUGUCUCGAAGUGAUGUAUUUUUCAUUUCACAAAGAUCGAAUUCACAACUGCUUUGCUGCCACAGUUCCUGUUCAUGCAGUAAUACCUGUGUGCGUGUGUAUGGCUCUGAUUUAGCUCCUUCCUUAGCUGCGUUUUCUUGCCUAACAAACAAGCAACCCAUCUCUGCCCCAGUUCUAAUAACACUAAUAGGCUAAUCGUUUUUAGUAGCUGCUUUACUGUAGCCAGGUCAAAACUUGACUGCUUAUGCAGUGGAUAUCUAUGCAUUUUAGACUUGAUAGAAUGUCUCUUUAAAAAUUAUGUAUAUUCGUGAAUAUAGCUAAUGAUUUUUUCCUUGUGCUGCUGGGCUUUAAAGUGCAAUUCAAGUAAGUCAGAAUUUACAACAAUCAGGGACCCGUAAAAAAUACAAAUGGUUGGUUGGUUUCUUUUCCCCUUGGAAGUGGAUAUGAGAGGACUAGAGAUACAGGUUGGUGCUAUCGGGGCUAACAUACCCAGCCCCCCCAGGAGUCAAGAUUUUCAGCAAUUUUAGCCCCCAAGGACUGGAAAAUGUACUGGACAAGACAAAACUUGAAACUAUGCUGAUGGAUGGUAGGUUCCUAUCGUCCCCUUCCUGGAGAGCCCGAGAAGUAGGCAGUGGUUUUGCCAGCAGCCUGGCUCGUAGCUCCUUUUGUCAGCUUUAAACAGCGGACUUCAGUUCCUUCAGAUGCGCCUCCAGCUGAAAUCUUCAGUCAGUGUUUUGGUAUCAGUCCCCUUGUUGCUACAGCAGCCCAGCAUGUCUGGCUUUUGAAAAUGUUCCUAAACUGAGACACAAGUGUGUGAAGCAAAGUUGCUCAUUCCCUCUUCCCCGCAGGGUCCAGGGCCCUGCUGGCAUUGUUCCCUUGUCCCGCCAUCUCCUUGCCAAGAGGAGCUGAUGGUGUGUUUCUGAAUGCAGGUACUUAAUGUGAACAGUGGGAUCACACUAAAAAGAAGCAAAAUAUCAAUUUGACUGGAAGCAAUUUAUACAGUUGCCAAUUCUUUUAUGUUUGUUAUUCUUUAAUAAGAGGUGAGACUUAAGGAAGUCAGUAAUGAAUAUUUAAACAUACUCUGAAGUGGCCAGAUGCAGUUUUUCAUGGGCUUCUGUCCUGGUCAUUUUGAGUCUUUGAAAUCUUGUGUUGAAUUAUAAUGGGAGUAGGGGGGAGGGAGGGGAGAACCAGCUCCUUUUUGUUCCUUACUCUUGUUGGCGAUAAUGAAUGGAAGGAAUUUAAUCCAAUGAAAGUAAUGAAACUUAAUCCCUGCGCUGUGUCUUUGUUAACCAGUUCAAAGAACUAUUUUUAAUGCAUCUUAUUCACACCAGGCAGAUGAAUUUCUGCCGCCACCACCACCUCCAACUGAAGAUACUCCAAGCAGACUACUUCAGAAUGCACACUAAUACAGCAGUUACUCUAUCUUGGAAGCCUCUCUAUUGAUUAUUUCAUUUGCCUGCCUUACUAGAGGAUUGAUCUUUUACUGACCUGAAUAUUAAGGCUAGAAAGGUUCUCAUCUAGCCCUCUCAUUGAAUUUCUAUCACGAGCAUGUUUUAGGAAGUCUUAAAGUGCCUUAUGUUUUUAGAAGUGUACUUUGCUAGGAAUGUCUGAAUGUAGAAUAUCUCUAACAGUGUUUCAUUAUGAGCUGUAAAACAAACUGUAAACACUAAACCAAAAACGUUAUUUCUACA